AUUGGCUCGCAGUCUUGGGGUAUAAAUAGCGCCGAAAAGCGCGGCAAGGCAUUCAGUAUUCGAAUAAACUCGGAAACGAAACAAACAAAACUCGGUGGAAACACCCAAACAAUCUACGAAGCUACAAAGUAAUCGUCACAUAUUUGGAUUGGAAUAUACGAAAAGUGAACUUGAAGCCACAAUGCCAGCUGUAGGAAUAGAUCUUGGAACCACAUACUCGUGUGUCGGAGUUUGGCAACAUGGAAACGUGGAGAUCAUCGCUAACGACCAAGGCAACCGAACCACUCCAUCGUACGUCGCAUUCACAGACACAGAGCGACUGAUCGGCGAUGCUGCAAAGAACCAGGUCGCUCUCAACCCCAGCAACACGGUGUUCGACGCGAAACGACUCAUUGGCCGCAAGUUUGACGACCCGAAGAUUCAGCAAGACAUGCAACAUUGGCCCUUCAAAGUUGUCAGCGACUGCGGCAAACCCAAGAUACAGGUCGACUUCAAAGGGGAAACCAAGAGGUUCGCACCGGAGGAGAUCAGCAGCAUGGUUCUGACGAAGAUGAAGGAGACGGCGGAAGCGUAUUUGGGAUCGACGGUGAGGGACGCAGUGAUCACCGUGCCCGCCUACUUCAACGACUCCCAGCGACAGGCGACCAAGGACGCGGGGGCCAUCGCCGGCCUGAACGUGCUGCGCAUCAUCAACGAGCCCACCGCCGCCGCCCUCGCCUACGGCCUCGACAAGAACCUCAAGGGCGAGCGGAACGUUCUGAUCUUCGACCUCGGCGGCGGAACCUUCGACGUGUCCAUACUCACCAUCGACGAGGGCUCACUGUUCGAAGUAAAGGCCACCGCCGGAGACACGCACCUCGGCGGGGAAGACUUCGACAACAGACUCGUCAACCAUCUGUCGGAGGAGUUCAAACGCAAGUACAGGAAGGACAUUCGCAGCAAUCCGCGCGCCCUACGCCGCUUGCGCACCGCCGCCGAGCGAGCCAAGCGGACGCUGUCGUCGAGCACGGAGGCCACUAUAGAGAUAGACGCGCUGCACGAGGGCAUCGACUUCUACACGCGAGUGUCGCGCGCUCGCUUCGAAGAACUGAACGCUGACUUGUUCCGAGGCACUCUGGAGCCGGUGGAGAAGGCGCUCAAGGAUGCCAAGCUGGACAAGAGCUCGAUCCACGACGUGGUGCUCGUCGGCGGCUCCACGCGCAUUCCCAAGAUUCAGAGCAUGCUGCAGAACUUCUUCUGCGGCAAGCAGUUGAACCUGUCCAUCAACCCCGACGAAGCGGUGGCAUACGGCGCCGCGGUACAGGCGGCCAUCUUGAGCGGCGAGCAGCAUAGCAAGAUCCAAGACGUGCUGUUGGUGGACGUGGCGCCCCUAUCGCUCGGCAUCGAAACCGCGGGCGGAGUGAUGACGAAGAUCGUAGAGAGAAACGCGAAGAUACCCUGCAAGCAGUCGCAAACGUUCACCACCUACUCAGACAACCAGCCCGCUGUCACCAUCCAGGUGUACGAGGGCGAGCGCGCCAUGACCAAAGAUAACAACCUGCUGGGUCGGUUCGAUCUGACCGGCAUCCCGCCUGCACCACGCGGGGUACCGAAGAUCGACGUCACCUUCGACCUGGACGCCAACGGCAUCCUGAACGUGUCGGCCAAAGAGAACAGCACGGGCCGCGAGAAGAACAUCGUUAUCAAGAACGACAGGGGGCGGCUGUCGCAGGCCGAGAUCGACCGCAUGUUGUCGGAGGCGGAGCGGUACAAGGAGGAGGACGAGCGGCAGCGGCAGCGGGUGUCGGCGCGCAACCAGCUGGAGUCGUACGCGUUCAACGUGCGGCAGGCGCUGGACGAGGCGGGCGACAAGCUCAGCGAGCAGGACAAGGAGACGGCGCGCCGCGAGCGCGCACACGCGCUGCAGCUCCUUGAGCCGGUGCUCGAACUCGUCGCGCUCGGCCAGCGUGUUGUUGUCGAUCCAGCGCAGCGCCUCGUCGCACUCGCGGUGCGCCGUCUCCUUGUCCUGCUCGCUGAGCUUGUCGCCCGCCUCGUCCAGCGCCUGCCGCACGUUAAACGCGUACGACUCCAGCUGGUUGCGCGCCGCCACCCGCUGCCGCUGCCGCUCGUCCUCCUCCUUGUACCGCUCCGCCUCCGCCAGCAUGCGGUCGAUCUCGGCCUGCGACAGCCGCCCCCUAUCGUUCUUGAUAACGAUGUUCUUCUCGCGGCCCGUGCUGCUCUCUUUAGCCGACACGUUCAGGAUGCCGUUGGCGUCCAGGUUGAAGGUGACGUCGAUCUUCGGCACCCCGCGUGGUGCAGGCGGGAUGCCGGUCAGAUCGAAGCGACCCAGCAGGUUGUUGUCUUUUGUCAUGGCGCGCUCGCCCUCGUACACCUGGAUGGUAACAGCGGGCUGAUUGUCUGAGUAGGUGGUGAACGUUUGCGACUGCUUGCAGGGUAUCUUCGCGUUUCUCUCUACGAUCUUCGUCAUCACUCCGCCCGCGGUUUCGAUGCCGAGCGAUAGGGGCGCCACGUCCACCAACAGCACGUCUUGGAUCUUGCUAUGCUGCUCGCCGCUCAAGAUGGCCGCCUGUACCGCGGCGCCGUAUGCCACCGCUUCGUCGGGGUUGAUGGACAGGUUCAUCUGCUUGCCGCAGAAGAAGUUCUGCAGCAUGCUCUGAAUCUUGGGAAUGCGCGUGGAGCCGCCGACGAGCACCACGUCGUGGAUCGAGCUCUUGUCCAGCUUGGCAUCCUUGAGCGCCUUCUCCACCGGCUCCAGAGUGCCCCGGAACAAGUCGGCGUUCAGUUCCUCGAAGCGAGCGCGCGACACUCGCGUGUAGAAGUCGAUGCCCUCGUGCAGCGCGUCUAUCUCUAUAGUGGCCUCCGUGCUCGACGACAGCGUCCGCUUGGCUCGCUCGGCGGCGGUGCGCAAGCGGCGUAGGGCGCGCGGGUUGCUGCGAAUGUCCUUCCUGUACUUGCGUUUGAACUCCUCCGACAGAUGGUUGACGAGUCUGUUGUCGAAGUCUUCCCCGCCGAGGUGCGUGUCGCCGGCGGUGGCCUUCACUUCGAACAGUGAGCCCUCGUCGAUGGUGAGUAUGGACACGUCGAAGGUUCCGCCGCCGAGGUCGAAGAUCAGAACGUUCCGCUCGCCCUUGAGGUUCUUGUCGAGGCCGUAGGCGAGGGCGGCGGCGGUGGGCUCGUUGAUGAUGCGCAGCACGUUCAGGCCGGCGAUGGCCCCCGCGUCCUUGGUCGCCUGUCGCUGGGAGUCGUUGAAGUAGGCGACCAAGGACGCGGGGGCCAUCGCCGGCCUGAACGUGCUGCGCAUCAUCAACGAGCCCACCGCCGCCGCCCUCGCCUACGGCCUCGACAAGAACCUCAAGGGCGAGCGGAACGUUCUGAUCUUCGACCUCGGCGGCGGAACCUUCGACGUGUCCAUACUCACCAUCGACGAGGGCUCACUGUUCGAAGUGAAGGCCACCGCCGGCGACACGCACCUCGGCGGGGAAGACUUCGACAACAGACUCGUCAACCAUCUGUCGGAGGAGUUCAAACGCAAGUACAGGAAGGACAUUCGCAGCAACCCGCGCGCCCUACGCCGCUUGCGCACCGCCGCCGAGCGAGCCAAGCGGACGCUGUCGUCGAGCACGGAGGCCACUAUAGAGAUAGACGCGCUGCACGAGGGCAUCGACUUCUACACGCGAGUGUCGCGCGCUCGCUUCGAGGAACUGAACGCCGACUUGUUCCGGGGCACUCUGGAGCCGGUGGAGAAGGCGCUCAAGGAUGCCAAGCUGGACAAGAGCUCGAUCCACGACGUGGUGCUCGUCGGCGGCUCCACGCGCAUUCCCAAGAUUCAGAGCAUGCUGCAGAACUUCUUCUGCGGCAAGCAGUUGAACCUGUCCAUCAACCCCGACGAAGCGGUGGCAUACGGCGCCGCGGUACAGGCGGCCAUCUUGAGCGGCGAGCAGCAUAGCAAGAUCCAAGACGUGCUGUUGGUAGACGUGGCGCCCCUAUCGCUCGGCAUCGAGACCGCGGGUGGAGUGAUGACGAAGAUCGUAGAGAGAAACGCGAAGAUACCCUGCAAGCAGUCGCAAACGUUUACCACCUACUCAGACAAUCAGCCCGCUGUUACCAUCCAGGUGUACGAGGGCGAGCGCGCCAUGACCAAAGACAACAACCUGCUAGGUCGGUUCGAUCUGACCGGCAUUCCGCCUGCACCACGCGGGGUGCCGAAGAUCGACGUCACCUUCAACCUGGACGCCAACGGCAUCCUGAACGUGUCGGCUAAAGAGAGCAGCACGGGCCGCGAGAAGAACAUCGUUAUCAAGAACGACAGGGGGCGGCUGUCGCAGGCCGAGAUCGACCGCAUGCUGUCGGAGGCGGAGCGGUACAAGGAGGAGGACGAGCGGCAGCGGCAGCGGGUGUCGGCGCGCAACCAGCUGGAGUCGUACGCGUUCAAUGUGCGGCAGGCGCUGGACGAGGCGGGCGACAAGCUCAGCGAGCAGGACAAGGAGACGGCGCGCCGCGAGUGCGACGAGGCGCUGCGCUGGAUCGACAACAACACGCUGGCCGAGCGCGACGAGUUCGAGCACCGGCUCAAGGAGCUGCAGCGCGUGUGCGCGCCCCUCAUGAGCAAGAUGCACGGCGCGGGCGCGGGCGCGGGCGCGCAGCAGCGGGCGCCGCACUCCGGGCCCACCGUCGAGGAGGUCGACUGAACCGCUCGCCGCUUGCACAUCAUUCCAAACCCUACGAUGGAUCUCUACCGGUGUAAAUACUCUGUACAAAAUAACUUAUUCUAGUCCAUAUUAGCUAGUAGAUUCCUUGGAUUAUUGUGUGUAAUUUAUUGUGUUUGUAUAAAGUUAAUUUAUUAUUUGUGUCCAAACAGAUAUAAAUGUAAAAAAUAAAACAUUAUUAUU